GUGAAAGUAGAAUUGGAUCAUCCAAUCAGUUGUCCUUGAUUUUUGUCUUCUGUUUAAAGGAUUUUUCUACAGAGGCUGCCAAGAAAUUGUUGCUGGUUCAAUACAGUUUUAUUUAAACCCAUAUUUUGAAUGUAGUUUAGAAGUAUUUGAAACCAUGGGAAUAAAGGUCCAGCGUCCUCGAUGUUUUUUUGACAUAGCCAUAAACAAUCUACCUGCUGGAAGAGUUGUCUUUGAAUUAUUUUCUGAUGUGUGUCCCAAAACAUGUGAGAAUUUCCGAUGCCUUUGUACAGGUGAAAAGGGUACAGGAAAAUCUACUCAGAAGCCAUUGCAUUAUAAAAGUUGUCUUUUUCACAGAGUUGUAAAGGAUUUUAUGGUUCAAGGUGGUGACUUCAGUGAAGGAAAUGGACGAGGUGGGGAAUCCAUUUAUGGAGGAUUUUUUGAAGACGAGAGUUUUGCCGUUAAACACAACAAAGAAUUUCUGUUGUCAAUGGCCAAUAGGGGAAAGGACACUAAUGGUUCACAGUUCUUCAUCACAACUAAACCUACACCUCAUUUAGAUGGGCACCAUGUUGUUUUUGGACAAGUGAUAUCUGGUCAAGAGGUUGUGAGAGAGAUUGAAAACCAGAAAACAGAUGCAUCAAGCAAACCAUACGCUGAAGUACGAAUACUUAGCUGUGGGGAGCUAAUUCCCAAAUCCAAAGCCAAGAAGGAAGAAAAGAAAAGACAUAAGUCAUCAUCUUCAUCCAGUGAUUCAGAGAGUUCAAGUGAUUCUCAGUCCUCUGAUUCAUCUUCUGAUUCGGAAAGUGCUUCUGAAGAAAAAUCAAAAAAAAGAAAAAAGAAACACCGGAAGUCCCGAAAACAUAAGAAGGAAAAGAAGAAGAAAAAGAAAAGCAAGAAAAGUUCCUCUACUGAGAGUGAAGAUGAAAGCCCUGAAGCACAACCACAAUCUACUGUCCGCCCAGAAGAGAUCCCUCCUAUUCCCGAAAACAGGUUUCUAAUGAGAAAAAGUCCUCCUAAAGUAGAUGAGAAAGAGAGGAAGAAUAGAGAAAGGGAGAAAGAAAGAGAGUGUAAUCCAUCUAACUCCCAAUCUUCAUAUCAAAGACGACUUCUAGUCACAAGAUCUGGAAGGAAAAUUAAAGGAAGAGGACCAAGGCGCUAUCGAACACCUUCCAGAUCCAGAUCACGGGAUCGUUUCAGGCGAAGUGAGACUCCUCCACAUUGGAGACAGGAGAUGCAGAGAGCACAAAGAAUGAGGGUAUCAAGUGGUGAAAGGUGGAUCAAAGGAGAUAAGAGUGAAUUAAAUGAAAAUAAAAAAGAAAAUCAAAAAAGUCCCGCAAGAGGAAAAGAAAGAAAAAUAUCUGAACACAGACAUGUAUCAGAAAGUCCAAAUAGAAAAAGUGAAAAGGAAAAGAAAACUAAAGACCAUAAAUCCAACAGUAAAGAGAGGGACACAAGGAGAAAUUCGGAGAAAGAUGACAAAUACAAUAAAAGCAAAGCAAAGAGAAGGGCCAAGUCUAAAAGCAGGAGUAAAAGUAAAGAGGAGUCAAAAAGUAAAGAAAGAGAUUCCAGGCAUAACAGGCAUGAAGAGAAGAGAAUGCGAUCAAGAAGCAAAGAGAGGGAUCAUGAAAAAGUAAAAGAAAAAGAGAAACAUUCUGAUUCUCGCCUCAAAGAGCGAGAAAAGAGCAGGAGUAAAGAGAGAUCUAAGCGAGCAGAGUCAAAAAAUAAUGAACAUGACCAUAGAAGUAAAGACAAGGAUAAAAGGGCCAAGUCAAAGAGUAGAGAACGGGAGGUGACCAAAGGAAAGCACAGCUCCAAUGGCCGGACAAGGGAACGAAGCAGAAGCAGGGACAAAGGAAGAAGAGCCAGAUCUAGGAGCAAAGACCGAGACCGUAGUAGGAGCAAAGAGUACUAUAGAAACAGAGAGAGGGAAUCCCGGAGAAGAGGGAGAUCAAGGAGCAAAGAGAGAAAAGGAACACCAGAAAAAUCUAGAAGUAAAGAUAGGAGGAGGAGGAGAGAGUCAAGGAGUUCAGGGAGGGAGGAAAGUCAAAGCAGAAACAAAGAAAAAAGUAAAAACCAAGAAACAAAGAGUUCACACAGAAAAGAAAACUCUGAGAAUGAAAAAAGGCACUCAAGAAACCAUGAUAACAGUAGCCGAGACAGCAGUAAGGAAAAAAAAGCCGAUAGAAACCAGAGUCCAAACUCAAGGAAACAGAAUAGUAAGGACAAAGAAUUAAAGUCCUCCACAUACAAAAAUAAGGAAGAAGAAAAAAACAGAUGCUCAUUAGAAAAAGAAAUCAACCAAAAAUCAAAGAGUCAAGAAAGAGACCAUACACGAGGUAAAGAUAAAAAAUCUGAUCAUGAGUCCAGCCCUGGAACUGAUGAAGACAAAAGUGGAUGAGUGAGGGCCUCAAACUUUGUAUUUCCAUUUUUCUCUUUAGGUUUUAGAGACUUGCUGAAGAACACAUCUUUUUUGUUGUUUUCCUCUUCCUUUUCGUUUUGGGGUUGUUUUUUUUUUAAUGCGGACUUCAUUAAGUUUGAUCUUUUGAUAUUCUACAACCUGAAUAAUUUGUACUGCUAAAGUUUUAAUAAACUUGAAAUGAGAAAAACA